GCGAAUCUUGCGCUCUGUGGAGGGUCGGGUCCUCCCGCCGGCGACCGGAUGGCGGAACCCAAGGAGGAGACGGAGCCCCUUCUGGGCUGGGCCCGCGGCGGCGGUGGCGGCGGCGACUGCCCGCCGGAGCUGCCUACUUGCCGCAGCGUCCGAGUCGGCUUUGGGGCUGCGGCCAGCCAGGAUCUCUGCAUCGACCAGGCUGUGGUCUUCAUUGAAGAUGCCAUCCAGUACCGCUCCAUCAACCACCGCAUGGAUGCUGGCUCGCUGUGGCUUUACCGAUGGUAUUACUCGAACAUGUGCCAGUGGACUUUGAACUUCAUCAUUUUCUUGAUCCUGGCUUUGGCUUUUAUUGAGACUCCUUCCUCGCUCACUAGAACCGCAGACUUGCGCUACCGCUCCAGCCCCUGGGAGCCACCAUGCGGCCUGACUGAAAGCAUCGAGGUGAUCUGCCUGCUGGUCUUCGUGGCCGAUGUCUCAGUGAAGGGUUACCUGGUUGGGUGGGCCCAUUUCUGGAAGAGCCUCUGGCUGCUGGCCUACCUGGUGGUGCUGGUCAUAUCUCUGAUGGACUGGACUGUGUCCCUGAGUCUCGUUUGUCAGGAGCCGCUGCGCAUACGUCGUCUCCUUCGCCCCUUCUUCCUGCUGCAGAACUCCUCCAUGAUGAAGAAGACCUUGAAGUGCAUCAGGUCAUCACUGCCGGAAAUGGCCAGCGUUGGGCUGCUGCUGGCAAUCCACCUGUCUCUCUUCACCAUGUUUGGGAUGCUACUGUUCACCGGUGAGAAGCAGGAUGACGAGCAGAACAGGGAGAGGCUGACCUACUUUCGGGACCUGCCAGAGGCGCUGACCUCCCUGCUGGUGCUGCUGACCACGGCCAACAACCCCGAUGUGAUGAUUCCUGCAUAUUCCAGGAAUCGGGCCUAUGCCGUCUACUUCAUCAUCUUCAUCAUAGGAAGCUUGUUUUUGAUGAACCUGCUGACGGCCAUCAUCUACAGCCAAUUCCGGGGCUACCUGAUGAAAUCUCUCCAGACCUCGCUGUUCCGGAGGCGGCUGGGGACCCGGGCUGCCUACGAAGUCCUCUCCUCCAUGUCAGGGGAGGGAGAAGCUGCCCCUCGGGUAGUUGGGGUGAAGCCCCAGAGCCUCCUGAAGGUGCUUCAGAAAGUCCAGCUGCACAGUUUCCACAAACAGGCCAUUAUGGAGAAGGUGCGAUCCUACGGUGGCGUCCUGCUGUCCACAGGCGAGUUUCAGAACCUCUUCAAUGAGCUUGACAAAAGCGUGAUCAAAGAGCACCCGCCGAGGCCCCAGUACCAAUCUCCGUUUCUGCAGAGUGCACAGUUGGUCUUCGGCCACCACUACUUUGACUACCUAGGGAACGUCAUUGCCCUGGGAAACCUGGUGUCCAUUUGUGUGUUCCUGGUGGUGGAUGCGGACGUGCUGCCUCAAGACCGUGAUGACUUCAUCCUGGGGAUUCUCAAUUGUGUCUUCAUCCUGUACUACCUGCUGGAGAUGCUGCUCAAGGUGUUUGCUCUGGGCCUGCGAGGGUACCUGUCCUACCCCAGCAACGUGUUUGAUGGAUUCCUCACCGUAGUCUUGCUGGUUUUGGAGCUCUCAACUCUGGCUGUGUACCGAUUCCCACACCCAGGCUGGAAGCCGCCGAUGCUGGGCCUGCUGUCACUAUGGGACAUGACCCGACUGCUGAACAUGCUCAUUGUGUUCCGGUUCCUGCGCAUCAUCCCCAACAUGAAGCCGAUGGCUGUGGUGGCCAGCACCCUCCUGGGCCUGAUCCGGAACCUGCGGGCAUUCAGUGGGAUCCUGGUGGUGGUGUACUAUGUGUUCGCCAUCAUCGGGAUCAACUUAUUUCGAGGCACCAUUGUGGCCCCUUCUGGAAACAGCAGCCUGGCCCCUGGCAAUGGCUCAGUGCCCUGCGGAAGCUUUGAGCAGCUGGAGUACUGGGCCAACAACUUUGACGACUUUGCAGCUGCCCUGAUCACUCUGUGGAACGUGAUGGUGGUGAACAACUGGCAGGUGUUCCUGGAUGCGUUUCAGCGUUACUCGGGCCGGUGGUCGGAGAUCUAUUUUGUGUUGUGGUGGCUGGUGUCAUCCGUCAUUUGGGUCAAUCUGUUCCUGGCUCUGGUUCUGGAGAACUUCCUUAAUAAGUGGGAUCCCCAUGGUCACCUACAGCCCCUUGCUGGGACCCAGGAGUCCACCUACCAGAUGACUGUGGAGCUCAUGUUCAGGGACAUCCUAGAGGAGCCCAAGGAGGAAGAGUUGGUGGAGAGGCUGAGUGGUCAUCUGCACCUGCGGCUGUGCAGGUGACACCUGGCUGCCUUCCCGGCCGGGGUGGCGGGAUGGAGGUGCUGGAGGACGCCAUUCGUGGAAGAGGCAGCUGGUUGUGGCCAAGCAGGAAGACACGUUUCCUUGACAGGCCACUGAGCUGGGGACACAUGGAGGCCAUGGAUGAGGAGCUGUGGCCAAAAGAGCCCUCGCUGCCAGCUUCUCCCUGUAGCCUCUGCAGGACAGAUGCCGGCACUUCAGGGCAGCCCCUGUGCUGUGCCACUCUCUUUUAUAAGCUGCUUCAGUGAGACUUUUUUAAAUAAGGAAAGAGGGGGACUUCAUGGGGACCUUUGACAGUCUGAAAAGCAGCCUUCCCUCGUGCCAUACAAGUUCUGUGGUGCCUUUGCUGCUGGUGGCCUUCAGAGACCAGAGGCCCACAUGGGCCUGUACAGGUUAACUGGCAAGUUUCCAGGGUUUUAAGUUUGGGAUUUUGGUGGUUUUACCUGAAGGAAACGUCGACCGUGUUUUAUUAUUCUGUGGUUUGUGUGAGUGUGAUUGGGUAUGUUUCUUAUGGGUCAGAAUGUCAGUGCUUUUCAUCAACAAGUCUUUCAAAGAGUGGCAUUGUCUUAUUUCUUGCACAG